CAAAGCGAGAGGACAUUGGGCUCAUGACUGCCCAAAGAAACCUCGAGGGCCUAGAAAAACUAAGACAGGAGCCACGGGCCUCCUCAAUCUGGAAGAUUAGGGAGGUCAAGGCCAGGAGCCCCCCCCCCCGAGCCUAGGAUAACUCUCAAGAUCGGGGGGCAGCCAAUGACCUUCCUAAGGGACACCGGAGCUCAACAUUCAGUCCUGACCCACAUCGGAGGCUCUCUCAGUGACUGCACAGCUUUGGUCCAGGGGGCCACGGGUAGCAGGAGAUAGCGAUAGACCACCAAGAAAAAGGUUCAGCUGACAUCUGGACAGCUCAGCAUCAUACACUGUCCCGGGCACCGAAAGGAUGACUCUGUAAUAGCGCGGGAAAAUCGGCUGGCCAAUCUGACGGCCUGGACAAUGGCCUUACAACCCCCAGGGGUGACAAGCUGCUGGUCAUGCAAGACUACCAACAGCCAAACAGGGACCCCAUGCUCUACAGCCCGGAGGACCAGGAACUAGCAAAAAAAAUGGGGAUGGAAUGGAGCCCCGAACGACAAGCUAACAUCAUAGAUGAAGGCCCGUCUGGCUGAUGAGGCCUCGAACACUGUAUUAUUAAAUCAGGAACAGGUCCUCCAACAGGUGACUUCCAGCUGCCCUGCUUGUGCCCAAGUCAAGCCAGGAAAAACCCAUCUGAACAGAAGAAGCUGCCUGCGGGGCCACCGCCCCAGAGUCCAUUGGGAACUUGACUUCACUGAGGUAAAACCUGGGCUAUAUGGGUACAGAUACCUUCUGGUUUUUGUAGACACUUUUUCAGGAUGGACGGAGAAAGAGACUGCUACCAUGGUAACCCAGAAACUCCUGGAUGACAUCUUUCCCAGCCCUACCCUGGAGGCACACCUUCAAGCCCUCCAACUGGUACAAAAGACGGUGUGGAAACCCCUGGCAGAUGCCUACUGGGAGCAACUGAAUCGCCCGGUGAUGUCUCACCCAUUCAAGAUUGAAAACUCUGUCUGGGUCCACGUGUCAUAUAUGAAGGCCGUCAAAGAACCCGAUAAAGCUGAGAACCUAUGGGUUCCCCUAAUCCCCCUAACAGCCCUCCUAACGUUAGGAGGGGCAUCAUCCUCCUGCUCAUUUUAUUAUUUGGGCCAUGUAUCUUCAAUAGAUUGGUACAAUUUGUUAAGGAUAGGAUUUCUGUUGUCCAGGCUUUGGUCCUAACCCAGCAAUAUCAGA